AUGACUGGCAUCAAGACCGAAGGCAUUCGAGGCCGAUCUCCUGGUCCCGCGGCUGAUCGACGCGAGUCGAGCCUCAGUGCGCUCAGCAUGGAUGACUACAACUCUCCCGCUUCCACCGAAGCUCAGCACACCGCACCGACCAAGACAAGCAAGAGGCGCAAACGUUCCGAGCUGUCACCGUCGUCCAAGGCCACGCACAGCAUCAUCGAGAAGGAGCGCCGCGAAGCCAUGAACGAAAAGUUUUCGGAACUGGCUGCCAACAUUCCAGAGCUCGUCGAAGCCAUCGCAUCUGGCAAGCGUCCCACCAAGGGCGAAAUUGUCAAGGCGAGCAUUGCGCGACAUCAAGAUCAGGAGCGACGCGUGCGUGAGCUCAUGCACGAAGUUGAGAUGCUUCGCGCUGGUAGCAGCGGCGGUAACAGCCAUAAUAGCUUUGCUCCCACGCUCGAGACGCCUAGCCCCACGACUGCGGUGGCGCCGGAGCCAUUGAUGCCGGCCACGCAGACAUUCUCGCUGCCGUACCAGAUCCAAGCUUCGCACCCGAUCGGAUUGCCUUCUGCGGCUGCACAGGACAACCUCUGGGUCGGUCAGCUGCUCAACAAGACGCACGAACAGCUCUCGUUCGAAGCCCCGCAGCCACUGUCCCUGCUCCCGGAUUUGAACCAGCAGCCAGUGUCGCCGUUCAAGCAGACAUCUAUGAUGAACUGGAGCUUCUCGUCGCUACCUCAGCCCCUGGAUCCCGCUUCGCUCAGCAUCGGCUUUGCUCCGUCUGGCUUGCUGAAAGGGUUCAUGGACAGCGGAGCGCUCGACCACCACUCUCGUCGAGGAAGCGGUGCCAGCGGUCCCACGCCUACUUCUGGGUUUUCAUCGCCAACAUUCACGUCGUCGUCAGACAGCGAUUCGACUUUCAGCACCGAUGCAUUGGACACGAGUCUGGACGAGCGCAAGUUUUUGGCCGAGAGCAUGUCUUUUGAGCCCUUCGCUAUGCCGACGACCACGGUGGACCAAACGCCCCUGACAUCGCUCGUGGGUCUUCCGGCUACAUCGGAUCUGGCGCCGACCAAAACAAAGGCGCGGCGUGCAGGUGGUCGUCGGGCGCGCAAGGACGAGUCACAGCCUAGUGCCUCGCCAAGCCCAUUUGCCGUUUCGCUCGCUGCAAACACUUGA